AUUGGGGUGAUCCCUUAAAGAUAAACAAAAAUAUUUUAAUUGUUGUUGUGUUGGACUCAAGGCAUAAGUUGGGGUUUGUUCAAUUUCUAUUGGUAAGGAUGUUUGAUGAAAUUCACAACGAAAGGAAUGGGGAAAUGGUGAGAACUAAGUGCUUUAAGUUGUUUAAGACCUAUAAGAGGAUACGCUAUUCUAGUAAAAAUUCUAAGAGGUAAUAUGAUUUUUUUAUAUUUUUAUUAAUUUCUAAAUAUAUUAUAAGAGUUCUAACUUCUUUAUGUUUAUCCUUUUUACAACUAGGGGUCAAUGUUCUACUCAACAAUCAAAGGAGAUUCUAAGUUACAACGCAAGACAAGAAUUUGAGCCAAGUAAGAAAAGGAACAUAUCUCAUAAGUGAGUAUGCCAAAUAUUUGGAAGGAGUUGAAGGGAAUGCAGAGAAGUUAGAGUUGGAAAUAUAUUUGGCUGAAGAAAUAGAGGCCUUUGAAAAGGAGUUUGAUGUGCUUACAUGGUGGAAAGUGCAUAGUCUAGGAUUCCCAAUAAUAGCUGCUAUAACUAGGGAUGUUUUGGCAAUGCCACUCUCUACAGUGGCCUUUGAAGUUGCAUUCUCAACUAGGGGUAGGGUUUUAGAUGAGUUUAAAAGCUCUUCAAUCCCUAGAAUGGUUCAAGCACUCAUUUGUUCUCAAGACUGGUUCAAAUCCAAGGCUAGACAAGCUCCUAAUAUAGAGGAAGAGCAUGAAUUGAGAAAGCUUGAAAAGGGUAAAAUAAUAUUACAACUUUUUCACCUUUUCAGUUUAUGAAUUUAUAAAAUUUUAAUUUUUCAAUUUUUUCAAAUUGUAGAGUUUGAGAAGUUGAAGUUUGAUGCAUCUGUUAUUUAGUACAUAGGGUUAAGGCAAAUUUUUUUUUCCCUUUUUCUGGUUUCAUUAUGUAAUAAAUAUUUUAAUUUCCAUGUUUAUUUUUUCCUUUAUAGUUCACAAUGUUUUAUACAAAUUUACUAACCAACGUUUGUUUUUUUUUAAAUGACAAAUACUAUUGGAGCACAGUACAGGAGCUUAGAAGUAGAAGAUGUGAUCUCUUUUGUGUAGUUUAAGAUCAACUUAUUGGUGCUACUAGAUAGAAGUAUACUGUUAGAUAGUUUUUUUGGCAAGUACAAAUAGAAAAUGAAGGGGAAACCAUAACAAAUUUUUGAUGAUGAUGGAAACCUUCUUAGUUAUAAGUUACUUCUUAGCUAAAUCUUGCAAGUUUGAAACAAUAUUUUACUAUUAGUUGUAUGUUAUGAACUGAGGUCAAGGUAGAGCUUGCUCUUUUGUUAUAUAGCUUCUUUUACUGCUAGCUAUAUGUUAUAAAUUGAGUUCAUAGUGGAGCUUAUUGUUUUGUACUAUUAGUUGUAUGUUAUGAACUAAGGUCAUAGUGGAGCUUGCUCUUUUGUUCUAUAGCUCCUUUUACUACUAGCUCCAUGUUAUAAAUUGAGUUCAUAAUG